GACGCCCCGCGCCCCCUCCCGCCGCGGGCCCGCCCGCGCCCCCCGCCCGCGCCCCGCAGGGCCGCGCCCCCGCCCCCCAUGCACCACCUCCUGGAGCAGUCGGCGGACAUGGCGACCGCGCUCCUGGCUGGCGAGAAGCUGCGGGAGCUGAUCCUGCCGGGCGCGCAGGACGACAAGGCGGGCGCGCUGGCCGCGCUGCUGCUGCAGCUCAAGCUGGAACUGCCGUUCGACCGCGUGGUCACCAUCGGCACCGUGCUCGUGCCCAUCCUGCUGGUCACCCUGGUCUUCACCAAGAACUUCGCAGAGGAACCCAUUUACUGUUACACCCCGCACAACUUCACUCGUGACCAGGCGCUGUACGCCCGCGGCUACUGCUGGACGGAGCUGCGGGACGCGCUGCCCGGUGUGGACGCCAGCCUGUGGCCUUCCCUGUUUGAGCACAAGUUCCUGCCCUACGCCCUGCUGGCCUUCGCCGCCAUCAUGUACGUGCCCGCCCUGGGCUGGGAGUUCCUCGCCUCCACUCGCCUCACCUCUGAGCUCAACUUCCUGCUGCAGGAGAUUGACAACUGCUACCACCGGGCGGCCGAGGGCCGCGCGCCCAAGAUCGAGAAGCAGAUCCAGUCCAAGGGGCCCGGCAUCACGGAGCGCGAGAAGCGCGAGAUCAUCGAGAACGCCGAGAAGGAGAAGAGCCCCGAGCAGAACCUGUUCGAGAAGUACCUGGAGCGCAGGGGCCGCAGCAACUUCCUGGCCAAGCUGUACCUCGCACGGCACGUGCUCAUCCUGCUGCUCAGCGUGGUGCCCAUCUCCUAUCUGUGCACCUACUACGCCACCCAGAAGCAGAACGAGUUCACCUGCGCGCUGGGCGCCUCCCCCGAUGGGCCGGCGGGGGCCGGGGGCCCUGCGGUGCGCGUCAGCUGCAAGCUGCCCUCGGUGCAGCUGCAGCGGAUCAUCGCGGGCGUGGACAUCGUGCUGCUCUGCUUCAUGAACCUCAUCAUCCUCGUCAACCUCAUCCACCUCUUCAUCUUCCGCAAGAGCAACUUCAUCUUCGACAAGCUGCACAAGGUGGGCAUCAAGACUCGCCGGCAGUGGCGCCGCUCCCAGUUCUGCGACAUCAACAUCCUGGCCAUGUUCUGCAACGAGAACCGCGACCACAUCAAGUCGCUGAACCGGCUGGACUUCAUCACCAACGAGAGCGACCUCAUGUACGACAACGUGGUGCGGCAGCUGCUGGCCGCCCUGGCCCAGUCCAACCACGACGCCACGCCCACAGUGCGCGACUCGGGCAUCCAGACGGUGGACCCCAGCGCCAACCCCGCGGAGCCCGACGGCUCGGCCGAGCCUCCAGUGGUCAAGCGGCCUCGCAAGAAGAUGAAGUGGAUCCCCACCAGCAACCCGCUGCCACAGCCCUUCAAGGAGCAGCUGGCCAUCAUGCGCGUGGAGAACAGCAAAGCCGACAAGCCCAAGCCGGUGCGCAGGAAGACGGCCACAGACACGCUCAUCGCGCCGCUGCUGGACGCCGGAGCUCGUGCUGCCCACCACUACAAGGGGGGCGGGGGUGACGCAGGCCCGGCCCCGCCCGCGGCCCCCGACAAGAAGCACGCCCGCCACUUCUCCCUGGAUGUCCACCCCUACAUCCUGGGCACCAAGAAGGCCAAGGCUGAGGCAGUGCCCGCUGCCCUGCCCGCGUCCCGGAGCCAGGAAGGCGGCUUUCUGUCCCAGGCAGAGGAGUGCGGGCUGGGCCUGGCCGAGGCACCCACCAAAGAUGCUCCACUCCCGGAGAAGGAGGCUCCCUACCCCACGGAGCCAGCUCUGGCAGGGCUUCCCUCCGGUGGCCCGUUUCAUGUCUGCUCAUCCCCAGCAGCCCCUGCCACGGGCCCUCUGUCACCAGCCAGCCUGGGCAAGGCUGACCCCCUUGCCAUCCUGAGCCGAAACGCCACUCACCCCCUGCUCCACAUCAACACACUGUACGAGACUCGGGAGGAGGAGGAAGGGGGUCCCCAUGUGCCCCCAGACAUGGGCGACCUCAUCACCAUCCCCCCACCCCAGCAGAUCCUCAUCGCCACCUUCGACGAGCCGAGAACAGUUGUGAGUACUGUGGAGUUCUGAGGGCACCGGACACCCAAGCCAGUGAAAGCCCUCUGCAUGAGCAAGGGAUGUCCAGCCCCGAGUGGACAUGGCCUCGCUCACCCAGUGCAGCCCACAUCCCCAGUCUCCCAUCGCAUGCUGCGGGGCUCAGCACCCUCCCAGUGGGCCCGAGCUGGCACAGGUGCGUGGGCGGAUUGGGCAGAAGGUGGGGUGCCGGGCUGCCAGAUGAAGAGUUUAUUUUUUUAGUCAGUUUUGCUGUGGACCAAGGCUGUGGCACGACAACUCGGUGCCCCCAGCCCGGAUCCAACCCCGAGCAAGCCAGGAGGACACUGGGGAAGGAGGUGCCAGCUGCAGAGCCACUCCCCAGGCAUCACCGGCCCAGGGCUUGCCCCUGCAGGGACCUGAUGCCCUCAGGUGGGGGCCCGGGCGGCCCUGGGUCUGAUCAACAUGCACUUUCCUCAAAGCCUGACCUACAGUUUAUUUUACUAUGGCUACUGUAACUGACGAGCAUAUUGUCAUCAGGAGACUUAGGGUGAGUUGAAAGCAGAGGGUGUGUGUGUGUGUGUGUGUGUGUGUGUGACAGUGUGAGCAGAGAUGGUGUGAGCGUGGGUGCAGGUGUGGGUGAGUGACUGAGUGAGUGUGUGGGCGAGGCUGAACAGGUGUGUCUGCGGGAGUACCUGGUGCAUGUGAGCAGGAGGGCAGGGCAGGCGUCCAGGGAGGGACUCCUACGCAAUAACCACGCCCCUCCUGGGCCCCAGCUGCCAGUGAGGCCCAUGCGGCUUUCCAGGGGAGCCCAGGCCGCGGCUGGCCCCGUCCCUAUUACCUCAGCCACCGUGGCCGGUGACAGUAUCAACAAGGUAGCACUGAGCAUAUCAAUAAAUAUUAUU